AUGGAAGUACGCUUCCUUCAGGUCGAGGGUGGCGUACCAGUCCCCCGGAUCCAGAGAAGGAAUGAUGGUGGCCAGAGAGAUCAUACGAAACUUCAGCUUUCUUAUAAAUGUGUUGAGAUUUCGCAGAUCCAGACUAGGACUGAGCCCACCUUUGGCAUUGGGGAUGAGGAAAUAUUGGGAGUAGCAAGGACAGGAAAAAACACUAAGAAAGCACUUGCUAAAGGAAGAGACAAGUUGCUCCAACGACAGUCACUGGCGGGUGCCUUCUGGGGCUUGUUCAUUGGACUGGUAGUUGGGCUGUCUCGAAUGAUUGCAGAGUUUGCCUAUGGUCCUGGAAGCUGUGUAAACCCCAGCAACUGUCCAAAGAUAAUUUGUGGAGUUCAUUACCUUUACUUUGCUAUAAUCCUUUUUACGAUCUCCACCAUCGUCAUCCUGGGUAUCUCACUGAUAACUAAACCCAUUCCUGAUGUACAUCUCUAUGGCUUGUGCUGGACUCUGCGGAACAGCGAGGAGAAGCGUAUUGACCUGGAUGCAGAUGAGAGGAUUGAGGGAUUUGAGAGUAAAGAUGAUGAAUCAGUGGGGGAGGCCGGGGGUGAAGAAGGGAUCUUGAAGAAGGCCUACAACUGGUUCUGUGGCUUCGAUCAGAAAAAAGGGCCCAAACUGAGCAAAGAGGAGCAGGAAGCGAUAGAGAAGAAACUGACUGAUACUUCCGAGGAGCCAUUCUGGAGAACUGUUGUGAACAUCAAUGGGGUCAUUCUGUUGGGUGUGGCUGUAUUCUGUCAUGCCUUCUUUGCAUAA